CUCAAAAACCCUAAUGCUCAGUCAUAUUUAAGCUCCAACAAUAAUUGAUAUCCAAUUUUUGAAGCAGAGGUCUAGGGUUUCUGCCGAUAAGCACAAUGGGUAAGGGAACCGGGAGUUUCGGUAAGAGGAGGAACAAGACUCACACUUUAUGUGUGAGAUGUGGCCGUCGUAGUUUCCAUCUUCAGAAGAGUCGUUGCGGUGGUUGUGGUUUCCCUUCUGCUCGCAAGAGAAAGUACAAUUGGAGUGUGAAGGCAAUUAGGAGGAAGACAACUGGAACAGGUAGGAUGAGGUACCUUCGCAACGUUCCGAGGAGGUUCAAGACUGGUUUUAGAGAAGGUACUCAAGCCGCUCCAAGGAAGCAAGUUGCAGCUGCAUCUUAAUAUAGUCGCAGAUAUUUUGCUGGGCUGACAGUUGUGUUUGUGUUAUUUUUUUCAAUUUUGGAUAUUUGUUGUAGAACUGCAGAGUUUUAGUAAUGAGAUCUGCUCAACUCUGAAGGUUUUGAGUCGUGUGUUAUGUUUUAGAUAAUUGUUGACAAAAUAGUGGAAUCUACUACAUUUUCAACAUAGUUUUA